UCAGCCGGGACCCCCGGGGCGGGGGGUGACAGGACAGGGCAGGGCAGGGGGUGCUGGUAGGGCCAGGAGGUGCCAGGCCGGGGCAGGGGAUCUCAGGCUGGGGCUGAGGUGCCAGGCCAGGGUAGGAAGCGCCAGGCCAGGGCGUAGGGUCCCAGGCUGGGGCAGGGGGUCCCAGGCCGGGGCAGGGGGUCCCAGCUCGUCAGGGCCCAGCCCAGCCCAGCCCUGCCCCGCACUACCCGCAGCCCCAGACACCCCAGAGGCCCACGGAGCCCGGCCUUGCUGCCCUCAGACCCCCCCACUCCCCCUCCGGGCCUGGCCCCGCCAGCCAUGGCCCCUCGCCUCCCUGCCCCUGGGUGUUGGAGGGGUGCAAGCAGCCCCCUCCCCAGAUGGGGUUUGUGUGUGUGUGUGUGUGUCCCCCGAGCCCCCCCCCGGCUGCCCAGCGCUGCCAGCUGUAACCGCAGCCGUAACCCAACUCCUGCGGCCCCCCCGCGCUGGGCGCUGCGGCAGGUGCCGGGGCACUGGAGCAGCAGGGCUGGGGGCGCCUGGGCCUGGAGCAGUGGGGGAGAGACCCUCGAGCACAGCCAUCCCCCAUCCAGGUGCCACGGGGCUGGGGCUGCCAUGAAGAGCCUGAAGGCCAAGUUCAAGAAGGCUGACGUGAGUGCCAUCCCCAGGGACAUGGGGACGUGGGGACCUGCCCUGGGUAUCUGUGGGGACCUGCCCGGGGAUGGUCCAGGUUGCACAAGGACAUGGGGACCUGGCCUGGGAUGUCCUUGGGGACCUGCCCCAGGAUGAUCCAGGUUGCACAAGGACAUGGGACCCUGUCCCGGGAUGUCCAUGGGGACCUGCCCCAGGAUGUCCAUGGAGACGUGUCCUGGGAUGACCCAAGUUUCACAGGGACACGAGGACCUGCUCUGGCAUGCUCCAAGUUUCACAGGGACGUGAGGACAUGGGGGUCAUCCCCAGGAUGUGAGAUGGCUGCUCACUGUGGGGACAGCAUCCCCAUGGACGUUGGCAGUGCAACCCUGGCUGGUGGGAUUGAGCUCCCGGUGUACCCAAGGGUGCUCCCAGGGCCAUUGUUGGGAGUGGGGCAAAGCAAAGGAAUAAAGGCAUCAGCAGCGAGAAGGAAGCAGGUCCCAGGUCCCCUCCCUGUCCCGCUCCUGGGGACGGCUGCCAGCUUUCCAGCUGCCACCGCCAGUAGAACCAGCAUGUUGAUGCUCCUCAAUUAUUCAGCACCAGCCUGGCACGGGGCCACAGGCUCUCACCAUCCUCCACGCAGGGCAGAGGGUGACAGUGCUGUCCCCAGGGCCCGUAGCAGCACCGGGCAGAUGUGUGCACUGGGGACACAUGGUUGGGGACAUGUGGACACAGGUUCAAGCCCUCCAUUGUGGAGUCUGCAGGCCUGCCCUGCUCAGGGUGCUCUGUGCCUCAGUUUCCCCACACUGCCCUGGACAUUGCUGUGAGUGGGGAGUGGGGAGGGGCUCCGGCUGUCCUGCCACCCCCAGGGCUCUUCCAGGACAGCUGCCCAGAGACCCUUUGCAUUUUGGGGUCCCAUCCUUGAGGGGGGUUUGCUGAGCCCCUGAGACACAGGCAGGGGGUCCUGCCCCUCCCUUGGCCCCAGGGCUGUGGUGGGAGGUAAGUCUGUGCCCCCCAGGGCAGUGCAGGGGGUCCCAUGUCCCCCUCCUCGAGGAGCUGGAUCUGGCAGGAGGAUGCACAUCCGCUUUGUUUGGGGGUGCAUUGCUGCCUCACUUUGAGCAUGGGGUGGGAAAGUUGCCCCCCCGCCCAGCCCCUCCCAUUUUAACUGGGACCAGCCUGGGUGCUGCUCCCUGACUGGGACCUUGGUACCUGCUCCAUGGCAGGGAUGCAGGGAUGCCUGGAGCUCUGGAUGCUGGGGAGGGAGGGAAGGAGAGAAAGAAGGAGGGACUGAGGGAUGGAGGGAGGCGGAUCCUGGCUCCUACUGCGGCAGGACCCGGCCCCCACCCAGGCAGCGAUGCUGGACCGAGCUGGGGUUUGGGGUCCACGGCCUGGAGCCCCAGCCUGCCCUCGCCCAGGCGGGGGGCAAGGGAUGCAUGGCUGCCCGCCACCUCUUCCUCAACACCAUGAAGCAGAUCUGCCUCUGUGCUGCUGCCUCCUUCGCGAGCCAGGACUGGACCAAGAACGAUGAGAAGCUUCUGCAAGCUGUGGACUACAACGAUGCCGGGAGGGUGACAUCUCUCCUCGUCCGUAAGGGCCUGGUCCCCACCAAGCUGGACUCGGAGGGCAAAUCCGCGUUCCACCUGGCCGCCAUGCGGGGCAACGUGGACUGCCUCGAAGCCAUGCUGGCUCACGGCGUGGAUGCCAUGACCAAGGAUAGCUCGGGUUACACUGCCCUGCAUCUGGCGUCCAAGCAUGGCCACCCACAGUGCGUCAGCAAGCUGCUGCAGGCCUCCUGCCCUGUGGACAUAGCUGAUGGCAGUGGCCGAACAGCACUGCACCACGCAGCGGUCAGUGGCUGCAUCUCGUGCUCAGAGAUCCUCUGCGAUUUCAAGGCUCCCUUGAACAUCAAGGACAAGGAUGGCUCCACACCGCUGAUCCUUGCUGCCAAGAUGAGCCACUCGGAGCUGUGCCGGUACCUGCUGCACCGCGGCGCAGCUGUCAACAGCCAGGACCUGCAGGGGAGGACAGCCUUGAUGCUGGCCUGCGAGAAUGGCAGUGUGGAGACAGUGGAGGUGCUCGUCAACGCUGGCGCCCGGGUGGCCGUGGUGGACUCCACAGGUCACGAUGCCACACACUACAGCCUGGCUACGGGCAACGCUCUCAUCCAGCACUUCCUGCAAGAGGCUGCUCAGCGCAGGUCCUGGGCCAGCGAAGAGGAGUCAGCUGAGCAGACAUCCCAGACGUCUUCACCCAGCCAGUCAUCCGUCAGGGAGAAGAACAGCACCCCAAGGAAGAGGAAAGCCCCUCUGCCUCCCCUGGGCAUCCCCGGGCAGGAGGACCGGGAUGCCUAUGAGGAGAUUGUGCGGCUACGGCAGGAGCGGGCACAGUUCUUGCAGAAGAUCCGGGGCUUGGAGCAGCAGGAGAAGCAGAGACGGGAGCAGGCAGAGCUGGACGAGGGCUCCCUGCGCUCCAUGGAGAAGCAGAUCCAGCAGCUGGAGGAGCGGCUGGUGGUGCGGGAUAGAGAGAAGGAGCGGCUGGGCAAGGAGGUGGAGGCUCUGCAGAGCCGCUUGUCCUCACUGGAGAACGAGAGGGAGAACACGAGCUAUGACAUCGAGACACUGCAGGACGAGGAGGGAGACCCACUUGAGUUCCCAGGGGCAGAACUGCUGCUCUCCAAGAAGACGCUGAGCCCCUCGGCCGAGGAGCUGCUGGCCACGCUGCAGGGGCAGGUGCAGUCCCUCACCAUGCAGAACAAGGAGCUGAGGGAGAAAAUACAGGUGCUGGAGAACUACGAGCGAGAUGAGAGCAGCCCGUCCACCCUGGGGGACGUUGUGCCCGCCAGCCUCUACAAAGCCCUCCAACGUGAGCUGGAGCAGUUGCGGGCGCAGCACUUGGAGGUGCCGCAGGGCACGGACGCGAGGGAGGACACAGCCGGUGGGCAGCCAGCGGCGUGGAGCGGUGCCUCGGAGCAUGUCAUGGAGGGGAGCGCGGUGCAGAGGCUCGCCAAGGAGCCGGCCUGGAGCAGGGACGAGAGCAAGGCGGCGCCGGGUGAGCUGCGGGCACACACCGAGGCCUCCUCCGCGGCCGAGCAGGAGGUCGGCACUGAGCUGGCGGAGACCCGGGCAGCCCUGCUGCAGGCGCAGGCAGCGCUGGAGGAGCGGGAGCAGCGGGUGAAGGAGCUGCAGACCCAUUUGGAAGCCAGCGUGGAGUCUGUGGAGGCAACGGUCUCCCUGGAGGAGGCAGCGAGGGAGAGGGAGGCCUUGCUGGAGCGCUGCGGCCGGGCGGAGGCAGAGGCGGAGGCCCUGCGGCGGGAGCUGGAGGCCAAGGCGCGGGACUGGCGAGCAGCAGGUGGCCCCAUGCCCGAGCCGGGGGUGCUGGAGCGACGGGUGGCCGAUCUGGUGCGGCAGCACGAGGAGGUGACAGCCCAGCUGGGGCAGCUGCGGGAGACGCUGGGCCACAGGGAGGCUGAGCUGGGCGUGCUGCGGGAGCAGCUGGCCGCCCGGCCGGUGGGCCGGCAGGAGCACGAGGAAGCCCUGGCACGGCUGCGGCAGGCGCAGGCGGAGGGCUGGGUGCCGCGGGACGAGCACGCCCGGGCCACAGCGGCGCUGGAGGAGCAGGCGCGGGCGCUGCGGGAGCGGGCGGCCCAGCUGGAGGCGGCGGCGGAGGCCAAGGGGCGCAGGGCUGCGCGGCUGGAGGCUGAGCUGGCGGCGGCGGUGCCGCGGGGCGAGCACGAGGCCGCGCAGGCGGGGCUGCAGGCCGAGGCGGCGGCGCUGGCCCAGAAGCUGGGCGAGCUGUCGCGGCGGCACGAGAAGACGUGCGAGGAGGUGUUCCGCGUGCAGCGGCAGGCGCUCUUCAUGAAGAGCGAGCGGCAGGCAGCGGAGGAUCGCCUGGCCGCUGUGCAGAAGCAGCUGGUGGAGGCGCAGGACGAGGCGCGGCGGCUGCGGGAGCUCCACAGCCACGCUGAGGACUCAGCCCGGCUGGUCAAGGACAGGGACAGAAAGAUCACUGAGCUCUCUAAGGAGGUCUUCAGGCUGAAGGAAGCCCUGAAUGCCCUCCCUGAGGCCCGGGGACCACCGCAGCCGCCCCUCAACACUGCUCUGCUCCAGGACAGGAUCCGUGCGCUGGAGGAGAAGCUGGUGGAGACAGAAAAGCGACACAGCAAGGUGGUGAAGCUGUACCGGAGCCACCUGCUCUAUGCAGUGCAGGGCCACAUGGAUGAGGAUGUGCAGAAACUUCUGUGCCAGAUCCUGAGGAUGCAGCAGCUGCAGGAGCAGGGCAGAUGAGUCCCCGCCAGCACGGUAGUGCCGCAGGGGUUGGUGGCACAGCCAGUGACACGGCUGGGGGGACAGACACAUGAUAGCACCCCUGUGCCCCUUUGCUUCUCUGGGCAGCACCCUGUCACUGGCACAUGCACCCCCACCUGCCCCCAGCUGCCCCACACAUCCCAGCACAGCAGCAAUAAAGUAUUUAUACUCACA